AUGGUAGCCAUCGCAUUUGACCGCUAUUUCUGCAUUUGCCAUUCUUUGAAAAACAUCAUGAAUCGGCGACGAGCUAAGGUGAUAAUAAUUAUUCUAGUUUUCUUUGCCGCCGGCCUGGGUACAAUUACGUGCCUCACUCAUGGUGUCUACAGGCUGAAAUUAUCCAACGAGACGGUUCUUACGAAUUUAAGUCGACCUACCAGAGUCGGUAAUGACAGCAGACUAUCUGACCUAACGAGCCGUAUCUCUGUCGACUGCCAAGCCGAUAACCUGACCGACACCAUGUUCUCGGCACCUUGUAAAGAAUUCUCUGAAUACUACAACACUGCAGUAACACUGAAAAAAGACGGGCUACAGGAUAUAUCAGAUGCGAUACAAAGACAAAGGCAGUAUGAUGAUCAAAUUUUAUCUACAGAUGACCUACAAUUAUAUAUGAACUUUUCACAAUUUGUCGAGCGGACAGUUACCUCUUAUAGCAUCGAAUACAUUGGCAAGUGUAACCCGAGUGAAGUGUUAUUAAGUCGCCGAUUCCGUUAUAUCUACCAGAAAAUAUAUGCGUUCCUCUUUCUCGUCGACUUCUGCGUCGUCUUCGUCCUCUACGUACUCAUUUACCGCUUUCUCGUCACACGGCGUAUAAAACGUCAACGGUCACGAUCCCUGCGCAGUAUCUCGACCGCUCAUCCGGCCAGCACCGACAACUCGACGCUCGAGACGCGUUUCCUCACCGAAAUGCCGUGUCCCUCUCCAUCGCCGGUCGUAGUGGCCGCAGCUGCCGCAGUUGCUGCAGCUUCGUCCUCUUCUGGCAGCAUGAGACGCGCAGCAAUGCGCCAUAAAGUGCCCCCGAAGGAGCGACUUUUAAUGGCUAAUAUACGCACAGCAGCAAUGCUUUUUGUUGUAACCGUUGUCUUUAUCGUCGUCUUUCUGCCGGCUUGGCUCACUGCCAUGGGAUUUUUACCAACAAACAAAAUUGUUUUUUAUUCAUAUUUCCUUUACAACGUGGUUAACCCUUUCAUAUAUGCUUUUAUGAAUCCAAUGUUCAAGAAAGAACUCCAAAAAAUGCUCUCGCUUCGCAAGCGCGUCAUCAGACCCCGGUGUUUUUGGGACAGUGAUGUACAAGCUUCAUAUUAA